AUGCUCAGGGACAUGGAGACGAGCAGGCUUUCCGCGGACGGGUCUCUGGACGGCCGAGAUCCUAGUCCAGAGCCGGGUCCAGAGCCGGGUCCAGAGCCCGGUCCAGAGCCGGGUCUAGAUGGGGGACUGAAGGAGCUGGUUUUGAAGUGGUUCUCGGAGACGCAGGCGGCAACACUGGCCCACAACGGACAGUUUCCAGACUGGUUUCACGGACUGGCAACGAGAAAAGAUGCAGAGGAGCAGCUGAAGGACAAAGCUGUGGGCGUGUUUCUGCUCAGACUCAGUGAAAAGACGUUAGGAUACGUCCUCUCGUACAAGGGAGAGGAGCGAUGCCGCCAUUUUGUGAUCUCCCAGAGUCCAGAGGGUCAGUUCUGUAUCACAGGAGACGAGCAGCAGUUCAGCAGCGUGUUUGAGCUGAUUCAGCAUUACAAAAUCUGCCCCAUCCAGCCCUUUGGAGAAUACCUCACCAUCGAAGAGAGGGAGCAGGACUCGGAGCUGUACGAUUCUGUGAAUAUACAGAAAGUAAACACCAAAGGGCAGAGUGGAGUGAGCGUCCGGGCCCUGUGCAGCCUGUGGGACCAGAAGGGGGCGCAGUCCACAGACACGCCUCCUCAAACAAAGAGUCAGCCGCAGAUCAGUAAUAAUAAUAAUAAUAAUAAUGAUAAUGAUAAUAUUGAUAAUAAUAAUAGUACAGAAGAAGCGCCUGUGUUACCUCCAAAGUCCACCAGGAAGUUCACCCACUCGAUAUCUGUGGAUACUACGGCACUGUCCCAGUGCGUUGCAAACCAAGCCACGCACCUCAGCUUUGAUUCCGCCGUCUCCUCAGACGACGAUCAACAAAACGAACCUCUAACCCCGGUCAGCUCCACCCAGAGGCGAGGAGACGUGUCCCCGAGCUCACCCAGGUCCAGCCCCACACAGACAAGGGUCACAGAGAACCAAAACACGCCUUUUCUGGCUCUGGACCAAAAUGAAAACUCAGCGAGACUCCCGACCCCAACUCCCCUCAGAAAGGUCACCUGCCUCACCUACUCGUACCUGCUGGCGUCUGAGGAGGUGCUGAAGUCCAACCCCCUCUACCAGGCAGCGGAGGGCGGUCACUACACUGAGGUGAAACACAGAGCGAAAAAUGAGGAGGUGACGUAUGAAGAUAUGACAAAAAAGGAAAAAGAAAAGGAAAACAACGUUUACGAAGAGAUGGCAGAAAAGAAAAAGGAAAACGAAAGUACCACUUACGAGAGCGUGGAGGAGAAGAAGACCAAGAAGAACAAGUCCAAAAAUAAAGAAUGGAAGAACUUCUUCUCUGACUUCACAUUCUACUUAAAGAAAUAGUUCAGUAAAGGACAUAUUUUCUGUAUUUAUAUUUAAGAAAAUAGAAAAAUAAGAUUCCUUUUGAAUGUUUUCAAGGUGAUGUGUUUCUGUGAAAGACCCUCAUUUGUAUAAAGAUAUUCUGAAAAAUUCACAGUUUGCAUCACUGAAAAUAAUCCUGUGUUACUGAAAUAGUUGUGUUUAUAAAUGUUAUUUUUUUU